AUGGCUUUAAAGAUCCCCCCAACCAGUACUCCCUUCUCCAUCCAAAUGGUCUCAGCUUGGCAUGAUUUGGAUAACUCAGAAUUUGACUGCUGGCCUAAUGACAACCCUAAUGAGCAGAAUAUGAUUGACUGUAUGGGUCUAGAAAUGUCCUGGAUUGAGCGCCCUCCGGAGAAAGUUAUUACCGGACAUGAUUUUAACGUCUCCUACAGAGUGUCUGUCCCCGAUAGUUUCUAUCAGAGAGUGGUCGAUCAUAAAUAUCUUAAAUUCAGUAAUGCCAGUGAAGCAAAACGGUUUUGUGAAGAAGUGGAGUGUCCCUCAAACUGGAAAUACGCUACGGCAGACAAUUGCUGUAUCUACCAUGCAAAUAUCCACUCCUGUCCUUUGGAAUUUAUGCAACAACGUGGGAUCUGCGGCCCCUGGAUCCCUGACGAUGGUAAAAUUGUUACUCACACCGUUUCCCAAGCAGGAAAAAUUACCCAACUGAACUGGACUAGUAAGGUCAUUCUGGUCCAUCCUGGGAUGACCUCAUUAAUCGCUCAUAUCAAAAUCGGCAGCUUCCAGGCAGCGUUAGAAUCCCCGUCCAUAGUGCUGAGUGGAACAGUGUGCGGCGACAAUGUCUGCAGUCCAGAAGAAAACUGCGCCCUUUGUCCGGCGGACUGCGGUCAAUGCCCCAUGGCAACCUCUGUGAAGAUUGCUAUAGCACUUCCCCUCAUCCUUGUCUGCAGCGGCUUCAUCUGCGCUAUUGUGUGGUUUCAGUACCAGAAGCAGAAGAUGCUCUGGGAUGAGAGUUGGAUCCUCACCGUGAAAGACUCACCUGGAGAUGCUUUUUGGAAUGGGUUGGGCAGCACCAUCAGUCUGAAACACAAUAAUAAUUCAAACCUGGACCCAAAACAGGAGUUACUGGCAAAUACGGUAUUCGUAUGUGGCUCGGCGACAGAAAACGUCAUCCAGACCGGGAUCUAUGACGGGCGGGUUGUAUCAGUAAAAAGAAUAUAUAAGAAGAAUUUUACCAUCACUAAAACAAUUAGGAAAGAAGUGCAGCAUGUCCGGAAGUUCGAUCAUCAGAAUCUCUGUAAGUUCAUUGGAGGAUCAACAGAAGGAAAAAUCUUCAUCAUCACGGAAUAUUGUCCUAAGGGCAGCCUGGCGGAUGUCCUCUUAAAUGAUGAUGUUCCUCUAAACUGGGGCUUCCGACUUUCAUUUGCCACAGACAUUGCCCGAGGAAUGAUGUAUCUUCACCAACAUAAAAUCUAUCAUGGAAGGCUGACCUCCCGCAACUGUGUCAUAGACGAUCGCUGGGUUUGCAAGAUCUCAGACUAUGGGCUGAUGGUCUUUAGAAGAGAUGAGUAUAAAGAGCUGAUGGAGAAAAAGCCAGCACACAUCUACUGCCCCCCGGAGGUCAUCCAGAGUGACAGCAGCUGUGUAGUACCCACACCUGCUGCUGAUGUUUAUAGCUAUGCCAUCGUACUCAUUGAAAUUGCAAGCAGGUGUGACCCUUUUCCAGGAGAAGCCUACUUGAAAGAUGUGACCUGGAGACCUCCUAUACCUGAGCUAAGCGCGGUCAAAUCUGACGAGUACUGCCCAAACCCGGCCGAUUACUCCGAGCUGAUAAAGAGAUGCUGGGCACACAAUGCUAUGAUGAGACCUUCAUUUGAGCAAAUAAAGAAAAGUUUAGAAAAAAUGAAUCCUCACCGUGUCAGCCCAGUGGAUAUGAUGAUGAAUCUGAUGGAAAAGUACAGCAAACACUUGGAAGCCAUUGUUGCCGAGAGGACACAGGAUCUCCUACAAGAGAAACAAAAAACUGACCGUCUGCUUUACAAUAUGGUGGUAUCUGGUGUCCCAAAGGAAAAUGGUACAAGGCACGUUUCAGAGAUUGCAAGUUUGGCUUUGGAUCUCGUCGGUGUUUGCUCUUCUUUCCAGAUCCCUCAUUUACCAGACGCUAAGUUGAAUAUCAGAGUGGGGAUACAUUCAGGUCCUGUAGUGGCUGGUGUGGUUGGCUCCAAGAUGCCUCGUUACUGUUUGUUUGGAGAUACUGUGAACACUGCAUCAAGGAUGGAAUCCACCAGUGAAGCCUUAAAAAUUCAGUGCAGUUCAAGCGCUGCCGAUCAUCUUAAACAAAUUGGUGGUUAUACGCUGGCCUGUCGAGGAACGGUUGAUGUAAAGGGAAAAGGAGCCAUGACAACAUGGUGGCUGGAAGGGAAAGACAAAGCAGAAAACUGGAAUAUUAAACCGACCUAUUAGGACAUUUCAUACAGCGAUCGCUCACCUAGUCUUUGUGGACUGUGUUUAGAACUAGUAAACGAUUGCAGCAGUUUUUUCUAUGUGAUCUCUAGCCGGAGCCUUUUGUGUGUUAUGAUAAGGGGUUAGAAGGGUUAAACUGAUAUGUAACCAAAUGAAUAGUCACCUUCCUGAUCACCUUGUCUUUUUAUGUGCAGUAAAAAUGAUAUUUAAAAAUC